AAAUGGACGAUGGUUGUCCUAAUCUAUUUGAUUUUCCAGCUUACAAAAAACCUAGAUUGGAAGAUCGGAAAAAUAUUACCACCAGUAAUGAUGUAGAAAACUGCAAUUUACUGUCAGAUGAACAAACAAAAUCUACAGUGGACCUAGCGUCUACUAGCGCUCAUAAUGUAGAAAGUUCCAAGGACUUCCAGGAGGUUUUAUGUGGGAAUGACUCUGGCUUUCAUGACCUUACCCCUCCCACACAUGCUGAAGACCAAGAACAUGGCCCAUUCAGAUAUGUCUUAAAUCAGAACAAUCUUGAUCGUUUCAAUGAUGACAGCAGUGUGCCUUACGGUCAUCCUUCAGAGCAGGAGGAGAAAGUUAAAUACCACAAAAGUGAAAACGAAGAUGACGCAGACGAAGUUUCUUCUACAGUUAGUAAUUUAUCAGACUUCUCUGAUAUGUCAGAUCUUAGUGGUCAGGAGUGGAAACCAACUCCAGUAGGACCAGUUACUUGGGUUCAACAGCAGAUCAUGCAAGGAGUUGAUCCUCGAACCAUCCUAGAGGAGCUUGUUCCACAGAGUUCGUUUAUUUCUCCCCAUUUGGAUCCCCUUACCUUGUGGAAGAUAAUUGUUAGUGUACUGAACGAACCUCCUCUUCGUACCAAACUACCCCACGUUAACACCCUGGAUGAUGUAGUCAACCUCAUUCAAACUUCUGAAAACAUAGUGAUACUCACUGGAGCUGGGGUGUCGGUGUCAUGUGGGAUACCAGAUUUUAGGUCCAGAAAUGGUAUUUAUGCUCGCCUUAGUAAAGAUUUUCCUGAACUUCCCGAUCCUCAAGCAAUGUUUGACAUUCAUUACUUCAGGAAGGACCCCAGGCCUUUUUUCAAGUUUGCUAAGGAAAUAUAUCCUGGACAGUUCCAACCUUCUAAAAGCCACAAGUUCAUUCGACUCGUAGAAGACCAUGGGAAGCUGUUAAGGAAUUAUACUCAAAAUAUUGACACAUUAGAGUAUACGGCUGGCAUCAGGAAAGCUGUUACGUGUCAUGGUUCAUUUGCUACAGCUACUUGUACAAAAUGUGGAUAUAAAGUGGAUUCAUCGUUUAUAAAAGACGACAUUUUUAAUCAGAGGAUACCUAGGUGUCCAAAAUGUCCAAAGGUUGGUGAUGGUUUAGCAGUUAUGAAACCGGACAUAGUGUUUUUUGGAGAAGGACUGUCAGAUGAGUUUCAUCAGAUGAUGGCAAAAGACAAGGAUCAUUGUGACUUGCUUAUCGUAAUGGGCUCUUCUCUCAAAGUGAGGCCAGUAGCUUUAAUUCCAAGCUCUAUAUCCCCUGAAGUUCCACAAAUUCUGAUUAAUCGAGAACGUCUUAAGCACUUGACGUUUGACGUGGAGCUACUUGGAGACUGUGAUGUGAUUGUUCAAGAAUUAUGUCGAAGGCUUGGUGAAAAGUGGUCUGAAAUAGGAGAACAAGAAAGUUCUAUGCUAGAGCUGACUGAGCUUUCAGAAUGUCAUCUUAAACAAGACCCUCCCACAUCUUUAACACCAACGUCUACGAAAAGUGUCCCCUUAACAUGUUUGCCACAAACUAGGCAAAAUGCUGGCAGUAGUUUAAUCAGAGAAAAUCUCCAAGUAUCCAAUAGAUGGCUCGGUAGCUGCCAGUUGUGCAGUGCACAGCCUCUGACAGAAGAAGAAAGUACGUGCAGUGAGUGCAAUGAACUGUCCGACAUCCAUCUUGAAGACCAUCCAGAUAAGGUAUCGACUAUCGUGGAAACAUCACACAAACCUAAAGACACUAAACAAGGAUCUAAAAAUCUACGAAAUUACAAGCAACCAAAACACAAUGAAUCAUUAUCAUCCAGACUUCCAGGUAAGUUUGGAUUUAU